UCAGAAAAUGACACAGCCACAUUUUCAGCUGCCACUGUGUUGUCAGGUGAUGGUGAGGUUGAUCACGCCCCCCCAUCGUAUCCCCAUCUGUUGGAUACUGAUGCAGAGUUAGACUACCAGUAUGAUCCAGCUGAUACCUUCUUCCUGGGGGACGAGGGCUCCUAUGUAAGCUGGGGUUCCUCAGCUUGUCCGUGUGUGCAGAAGGUCCAGGGUUCAUCACUGCUCCCUGUCAGAGUUGAGAGGAAGAUCACUUUACUGGCCCACAACCUGCACCUCUAUCAGGACACAGAGCUGGACUAUGAGUGUGUGUUGGUCAUUGAAGGGCAGACCGUGGUGGUGGACGCCUACGUGGAAACUGAUGACAUGAAUCCAUUCAACUUUGACAUCACCUGUCAACUACACCAGUAUACAUACUCAGCUCCAGUGGAGGAAUACAAUGCCAUGGUGUAUGUGAAGAGGAGGGACACCUUCCACGUGGACAGCUCCACUGAUCUUUAUGUGACUCUGUACAACUGCUCUGUGGGCCGAUCUGACUGCAGCCGCUGCUAUACAGCUGACCAGAAGUAUGGUUGUGUGUGGUGUGGCACUGCUCAGGCCAGCUGCUUGUAUUCAGACUCCUGCAGUGCACCCGUACAGCACACAUGCCCUGCCCCUGUCAUCCAUUCAAUUGAGCCGCUCUCCAGCCUUUUGGAGGGAGGCACCAUGGUAACCAUCUCAGGCUCCAACCUGGGCCAGAAGGCUGAAGACAUACUUGAGUCUGUAUCAGUAGCUGGGGUGGCCUGCACCGUCAUCCCCAGCCUUUACGAGGUCUCGUCCAGGAUUGUGUGUAGGACCAAAGCCAGUGGAGGAGAGAAGGUGGGCCAUGUCUCUGUUAAAGUGAGUGGAGGAGAGUUUGGCCUGUCCAGCCAGACAUUCAGCUACCAG